AUGAAUAUGAAUGACAGUUUUUUUGACAACAUAGAAGUUGUGUAUGAGAAGCUAACUACAUAUAAUAAACCGUAAACUAUUUGCAAAUCCUUGGAACGUUCAUUCGCAAUGUGCAGCAAUCCACCUAACAAAAUAAUAUAGCAGCAAACUUCAUUUCAGAAUGACAAUGCUAUGUCUAGACACUAAUCAUAUAAAUUAGAUUACUUGUUAAAAUAAUAAACCAAAAGCUCAUAAAAUAAUACUUAAUCUAAAAGUUAUCGUAGUAUAAUAUAAUAAGAUUACAAUACUAACAAUAUAAGUUAGAAUCCAUAAAGUACAAGAAUGAGACUAAAAAUAAACUUAGAAAACGAUGCCUAUUAAUCGAAUUUAAGACACAAAACUUCAUCUUCACAUAACACUACAAAUCCAUACUAGGCAUCUUUAGCUACUUUAAUGAAACAGCAAAUGCAAAAAUAAUAGCAAAGUUUUGCCAAUAUAUGCAAGACCUUGAAUGACGAGCCAAAACCGCGAAUUUCUGCCACACACAGACAAUCUAUUAUUCCUCAAAAAUUGACUCAGAGAUAGGACUCUGUUAGUAAUAGAAGAUCGAGUAAUUCUGUAUAUAUGCAGGAAUUUAGAAAGGUUUUUAGCAAAAGUAAAUAUAGUUUUCACAAUAAUAUUUGA